AUGGAAGAAAAACGGCCUAAGGUGGCAGGGACUGCUCCGGAUGAAAGGAAACCAGAAGCCGAGGAAACCAAAGCAAAACCUGAACCAGAAGCACCAGCACCGGAACAGAAGAAACAACUGCCAAUAGAGGCUCCAGCACCCGAACCUCCAGCACCCGAAGCUCAGGCAUUUGCGGCCCCAGCGUCUGAAGCAGCAACUGCACCCGCACCAGCGCCUGCACCGGAAGAGACGGCACCAAAAGCAGGAGCACCCGUACCGGAAUUAACAAAGUCGGAAGCGGCAUCGGAUACCUCUGGUGCACCAGCCCUGGCUUCUGCUGCUCCUGCUGCUUCAGAAGCACCUCCCGUCCAGCCACCAGCUCCUGCGCCUGAGAAGCGAACG